AUGGGCAAGGCCUCUGUAGAGAGGCAAUGGGCGAAUAAACUGGGUGAAAGGGUCGAGGUUCAACUUUGUGAGACGCGGUACAGCUUGGACCUGACCUCGACUGGUAUUAAGCAAAUGGGCAAACGCAAGAAAUCUUCACGUAAACCAGGACCAUCAAAGAAAAAGGAGCCACUUGAGACGACAUUUGCGUGCAUAUUCUGCCAUCACGAAAAGUCUGUCGCAUGCAAGAUUGACAAGAAGGAGCUUCUCGGACAUCUCUACUGUAAAAUCUGUGGCCAGACAUUCCAGACGAGAGCAAACUAUCUAACAGAACCCGUGGAUAUCUUUGCGGAUUGGAUUGACGCGAGUGAGGCCGCGUCCAAGCUUAACAGCCAGUCUAUCCGGACACCAAUCAGCCCGACUGCACCAAACGCAGGACCUUCUCGCUCGUCUAGGCACGUUGCACAAGAUGAAGAGGAGAGACCGACAAGACGCUACGUCGAGGCCGACUCGGACGACGAUUAG